UUGCAGUUCCAAUAUACUGAACUGUUUUUUUGGCUGUGACAUGUACUCAUGCAUAUUCAUAUGGUAUUUCGCCAACAAAAGUGGUGACCCACUCCUGUCAGCUGGGUUUUGGAUGGAGAGCAGUGUCCAGAUAAUGGCAUAGUAGCAUUCAGUAGUAGAGUUCAGUCCCAUGAGGAAUCGUGGAUCCUUGGGAGAGUCAGCUGUGGGAUGUGACAGUGGGAUGCUGGAUGUUGUAUCAACCUUCUGAUUCUGUGGCUGAUAGCUGCCUUCAGGGGCAUUUUGAGAGGACGGGUCAAAGCAUUCCUGAUCAAAAAAACAUAAAAACAAAAGGGAAUACCUCCCUCAGAGGCUCAAGCAUUAAAACCCAAAUGAGGGCUCGCAAGGGACUGCAGAUGCUGCAUGAAGUUGUGGUGAUGCUGCAGGAGGUUCUGCGAGAAGUCUCAUCCAGAGCUGACCCUGGCCAUCAGUGAGAGGCGGUGUGCAGGGGCUUGGAUGAAGGCUUUCUGCAUAAGUGGGUGGUUUGGGACAGUUGCCUGGCCCUGGCCUUGCCCUCUUCAUUUUUUGGAUCUUAAGUUCACAUUGCUCUGAGAAAGAUGGAGUUUCUUAAACAACUUUCAAAAAAGUGGUGGAUUCAUCAGCAGGACAGACUGAAGGUGUUAAUGGGUAUGGAUAGCAUCUAAAUUUGAGCUUGUUUUAAAGAAAAGGACUAUUUUAAGAUGAUUUUACAACUGAUUUAGAUUUCAUUGUACCUAAUAGUUGUUCAAGCAAUGCCAGAGAUUAUAACUUCAGUUUGCAGAAAUUCACAUUAGCUUUAGUGGAAUAAAUGGGUUGUGAACAAUCGGUUUGUAAUGGAGCAGUUCUUCUUCCAGCUGAGAACAAAUACUGUUGAACAGCUGUGUGCAGGUUCAGCUUUCCAGCACAGAAAGCUGGAAGGGAGUGGGGCAGUCUCAAGAUUUCGACUCAGCGUGAUGCUGACUGAAUGCAGAUGGCUUAAGUGGUUCCUGUCUUCAGUUCUGUGCUUUGCCUGUGUCUUGAAGGCUGCUGCUAUUCCUCCAGCAGUGCUGACUGAAUGACGCAUGAAAUGUGUGUUUACAUUUAUUAGCCAAACUGUAGAAGUGUGUUUGGGAGCGGAUUCACAUCAGGCACCACUUGUAGCUGCUGCAGUUCUUGUGGCUGGGUAGUAAGAGUGCAUCAUUGCUGGGCUGCUGAGUGCAUCUGAAGAGUGGGAGUAGUGAAAAUGGCUGGAAUUCGAAAUGGGUUGUAGGUAGUGAGGUUGUAUUUACUUGAGCUUUCCAUAUUGAAAUGUUGUUACAUUCAUCAGGUGAGAGAAAAGCAUUCCUGGAACUGUAAGGGCAUUCAGAAAUGGAGGGAGGUCUCGUGGCUAUUCCUGGCCUUUGUUUACAUGUGAAAAUGUUCAUCUUGGGCACAGAUGCACUUGCUUACAGUUGGGGCAUCAUUGAUACCAGGCUGGAGCAAAGGGUGGAUUUUGAGAGCAACAGUGUGAAUCACCGAAAGAAGAAAAAUGCAUCAACAUAGAAGAAGCAGAAAAAGUUAAGUGUAUAGAAUAGGUAGAGUAACUUUAUGUUUGGGAUUAGCUCUGGGUCUGUAGACUGUGAAAUACUGACACCAGCAUGGCAAACACUUGCAACAAGUGCUGUUGGCAUGAUUUCGCAAUUCUGCAGAGGCCCGGAGAGGAGCACGUUAAUCCUGUUGCCACACACAGAGCAGUCUUGUUGGAAAUCAGUGUCACUAAGAGUUGGCUUUCCCAGCAUGUCAGGAGCCUGUGGUUGUUUCUUCCUCAUCUAUUGCAGAAGUGCAAAUAUUGCUGGUUCAGCCACAGCAGGAUGAAUGCAGGGGGCAGUCAGUGAGGUGCUGCUUCAGAGCAGCUAAGUGCUUCUCAGAGAGAGGAUUUCAUUAUGGAGCAUUAGGUAAUAGGAAGGUUGCCUUUCAGGACUGGGCUCCAGAACAUGCAGUAUCUCCAUGCCAUCUCUGAGGAAAAGUCUGCUGGGUGCGGAGGAAUUCAGCAUUCCAAGUGACGCUGCAGGCAGUAGGAACUGAAGGGGGAUGGGUUCAGGUGCUGGUUGGUCACAGAAGGCAUCUAAAAUAUUUUCUGUUAUUUGAUGAUGGCCAUAUGGCUGCUGUGGUCUUUGCAAAAACAUUGGCUGAAUGAAAGGGGGGAUUUCUGUGGCUGUAACAAGGAUGGAGCAGGAUCAGUCAUCAGCAUCCAGUUCCAGGCACUGAUGUGUGUCACAAAAGACACAUCAGUGAUGAAGACGGUGAUGAAGAGCUGUGUUCUCUGGCAUGGAAGGGUUCAUGGACAUCCACAGGGCUCCGUGCAUCAUCCAGAAAGCAGCUGGGCACUGUUUUGGAGCAGGUUAAGACUUACUCACUGGAAUAUCAGGAGAAAAUCUCCGGAAGAAUUGGACAUGGAUAAAGUGACAGCAGCCAUGGUACUGACCAGUUUAUCCACCAGCCCUUUGGUUCGCAGCCCUCCCAUCCGACCCAACGAAUCCCUAAACGGAUCUUGGAAAGAAGGAGGAUUUGUGCCUUCUAGUACCAGCAGCAGUGGAUACUGGAGCUGGAAUGCUCCCAGUGACCAGUCCAACCCAUCCACUCCAUCUCCACCUCUGUCAGCUGACAGCUUUAAAACUUUUCGAACACCUUCCCAGCCCGAUGAUGGCAUUGAUGAAGCUGAAACGAGCAACCUUCUCUUUGAUGAACCCAUCCCUAGGAAGAGAAAGAACUCAAUGAAGGUGAUGUUCAAAUGCCUGUGGAAAAACUGUGGAAAGGUACUGAGCACAGCUGCAGGGAUUCAGAAACACAUACGGACCAUCCACCUUGGACGCGUAGGAGAAUCUGACUACAGUGACGGAGAGGAGGAUUUUUACUAUACAGAAAUCAGGCUCAACACGGACUCAGUAGCUGAUGGCUUAAGCAGCCUUUCACCAGUCUCUCCAUCUUUAGCAUCUCCUCCUUCCUUUCCCACCCAAGAUGCAAUCCGUCCUGAAACUUCCUGUGCCAAAACUGAGACUAAAUUGAUGACACCUCUGAGCCGCUCAGCUCCUACCAACCUCUACCUCGUACACACGGACCAUGCUUACCAGGCCACUCCUCCAGUGAACAUUCCAGGGUCAACUAAAUUCACUCCCAAUGGCAGUAGCUUUAGCAUCUCUUGGCAGUCGCCUCCAGUUACCUUCACUGGCAUCCCAGUCUCACCAACUCACAAUCGUCCUGCUGGGAGUGGAGAGCAGAAGCAGUCCCACACAGUUCUUUCAUCACCACCCAGAGUAGCAUUUGGAUUGAGGAAGCCGAGAGGGGAGGGGAAGAAGUGUCGGAAGGUCUAUGGGAUGGAGAACAGAGAUAUGUGGUGCACUGCCUGCCGGUGGAAGAAGGCCUGCCAAAGGUUCAUCGACUGAAGAGCGAAGUUAUGCAGAGGAUUUAGGGAUGGGAAAGGACAACGACAGGACAAGAUUGCUACACCUGCACUGUUUCACUUCCUGUUUCCCUCCUGUGAUGCGGUGUUGGGGUUUUUGUUUUAUUAUUUGUUUUUUGAUUUGUUGGGUUGGUUUUUUUUUUAACAAAGAGAGCUUUGUAUUUCCAAGUGAAGCACUUGUAGCCAAGGAGAAGCACUAAUUAAAACCUGUGUGGAGCAAUAGAGCAAAAAAAGUAAAAAUAAAAAGCAAAACCAAGAACACACAACAAAAUUCUGUCUUACAAAGUGUUGACACCGGAGCAGCUAUCAGUGUUUUUCUGUGUUGGUUUUUUUUUUUUAAAAAAAAAAAAGGAAAAGUAAAUUCCUUGCUAACUCUCUGAGCUAUUUGCUCCUUUGGGUCAUUUUUAACCUUUGCAGUGUCUUUGCUGCCAACGUCUGUAUUUGCUAAACUGGACAUUUUUUCUUUUCCUGAAAUGAAGAUCUCUUUUUGAAAGCUUUCUAAUAAACACUUCAGAGUCAUAUAAGCUACAGUUUACUCAACAAAAGCUGUAACUAAGACUGGAGACUGCUAAAUAAUUCUCCUGAUACGAAUGAUCACGAUGAUGAUAUAUUUUUGGAAAGGGGCUGUGGGAAGGAGUUGGGAUUUUUGUUUGUUUCUUUCUAGGAGAAAAGAAAAGGCAGAAUUUUCCAGAAGGACAAACUGCUCCUGGAAGGCUUUUAAACCAUACACAGACCAGCAGAGUGGAACGGAGUAACUCAUGUACCAAACUGGAUUUUGACCCUUUGGAGGAGGAAAAGCAGCAAUGGACAGUCACCAGCAGAUCUGUCACUGCCAAAGUGGAGGGAAGAAAUGCAAUGACGGUUGAUGGAAACCCGUAAGAAUAUAAUGGGGGUCCGGUAGCUUUUCUUACUACUCUUCCUGUUCAUAGGGAGGAGCAACAGCUGGACCAGCACACGUGUUGCUGCAGGAGGCCUGUAAAGAGCUGGGAGAUGCACUAGGAUUCCAUGUAGUACCUGUUCAGGGACACGAUCCAGCCCAGCAGUUCUGCUCUCGCUUCCUUUUCUCUUCUUUCAGAGAUGGUUAAGAUAAUGGUUUGCUCAGCUUUUUUUUUUUCUACAUAUUAAAGUUGCUAAAAUUUAUUUUGCGCAAAAAAAAAAAAAAAAAAAAAAAAAAGAAAAUACCACAAAGUCAUCUCAGAAAAAGAAGUACAACAGCAAAGGAGCAACAUAUGUAUGGUAAAAGUUCAUUUCUUAACUCAUUUUGAUAAACAAAGUAAUGGGUUUCUAUACUUGCAGAUGUUGGAAAGAUUGGGUACUUCCGUGUCUCUGUCCAUCAGGAAGUACACACCUGAAUGUGGGAAGCUGUGUUCUGUCUCAAAUUAUAUGGAAUUGCCAUUAACUGACCGUUAUUUCAAUGCAGAAAUAAAAUAAGGAUUUACUAUGA